AGUGCAUCAUCACCUCUCUCUUGCCCUUUCUCUUCUUUUUCUCUCUGGAGUAGUGUUCUCCCUCUCUCUCUCUUUCUCUCUCUCUCUCUCUCUCGCGAUCAUGAGUUUCCAAGAUCUCGAAGCCAACUCCAAACCCUCCACCGAUCGCCGCUCAAAACAUGCCGGAAAUGCCUCCGUCGCCGCCGGAAUCUUCCAGAUCACCACCGCCGUCAACGGAUUCCGCCGCCUCGUCGAUUCCAUUGGCACCUCCAAAGACACUCCCGAUCUCCGCCAGAAACUUCAUAAUACAAGACAAGGGAUCGGGCAGCUGGUGAAAGAGACAUCAGCUCAGCUCAGAGCAUUGAGCGAAUCCGAUCGAAAUUCCGAUGUCAAUCCAAGUAAGAAAAUAGAAGAUGCUAAGCUUGCAAGGGAUUUUCAAGCCAUCUUGCAAGAUUAUAAAAAAGUGCAACAACUUGCUGUUGAACGAGAGUCGGCUUACGCACCUUCUGUUUCUCCAUCUUCCUUGCCGAUAAGCUCUGGUGCUGAUGAGCAGGUAAGUUUGGAUGCAGAUCCAGAGAGUCAAGGUCUCCUCAGGGAACAGAGGAGUCAACGCAGGCAAGAGAUACUAUGGUUAGGAAAUGAGGUUGCAUUCAAUGAAGCCAUUAUAGAGGAAAGAGAGCAAGGGAUCAAAGACAUACAAGAUCAGAUCGGAGAAGCGAAUGAAAUAUUCAGGGACCUAGCUGUUUUGGUUCAUGAGCAGGGUGUUGUGAUAGAUGAUAUUGAUUCAAAUAUCGAGGGCUCAUAUGUGACAACAAUCCAAGCUAAAAGCCAACUCGCCAAGGCCUCCAAAAGUGUCAAGUCUAGUUCAUCAUGGUGUUGGUGGGUGCUGAUUAUUUUCGUUUUGGUGUUAGUCAUUGUGCUCGUUGUCCUCAUCAUAUAGAGCUGCUGUUACUCCCCAAUGAGUGCUGAUGUUUUGUUGUGAUUUAUGGUUGUUGGUUUGUGUGAAAGCUGCAAAAUUUUGGUUUGUAUAGCUCUAACUUAUUUCAUAUUAUAUCAGUUAUUCAAGUGAUGCAUCCAUUCAUGGAGGAUUUUCCCUGGUUUGCUAGUGUUCUUUUGUCAUUGAUUUUGCAUGGAAGGCAGGGUGUGGUUUGUAGUGUGUUCUUAACUGAUAUCAGUUCUGCUGAUGUAUGGUCCUUGUUAUUUUUCCAUUUAUUUUGUAUCAGAAAAAGAUGUAUUGAUCAACUAAUAUGGGAAUUAGUGUGUGAUAUACUUCUUUUUGUUCAUGGAGGUUCA